CUUACUCCUCCUCGAUCCCAGUGUUCCUGAGCGGACAGUCAGCUGACGGCUGGGUGUUUCCGGCGCUCUGGUCGGCCGCCCUCAUCUUUCUCUCUGUGUCCAGCUGCCGGCCUGGCCCUCCACCCCUUACGACCAAAUCGACAGAGGCCGCUUUCUCAUCCGGCUCGGUAAGCCGUCCACCUGCCGUCCCAUCAUAUUUCCACACACCCACACCCCUGCCCCCAAGGAUGUUGGCGCUCUUCAACCGGCUGCUGGACUGGAUCAAGUCGCUCUUCUGGAAGGAGGAGAUGGAGUUGACGCUGGUCGGGCUGCAGUACUCGGGCAAGACCACCUUCGUCAACGUUAUCGCGCUCCGUUUUGAAAGGUAUAUGGUGGAUGCUGCGGACCGUGAUAAAAUUGAGGCCUCUAGAAAUGAACUUCACAAUCUGUUAGACAAACCACAACUGCAAGGAAUCCCUGUGCUAGUUCUUGGGAAUAAGAGAGAUCUUCCAAAUGCUUUGGAUGAAAAACAGCUCAUUGAAAAAAUGAAUUUGGCUGCUAUCCAGGAUCGAGAAAUCUGCUGCUAUUCAAUUUCAUGCAAAGAGAAAGAUAACAUAGAUAUUACUCUGCAGUGGCUUAUUCAGCACUCAAAAUCCAGAAGAAGCUGAAAUUUAAUGGUGAAAAUCCGUGUGAUUGGCCACAGUCCUUUCUGCACUCAGUUUACUUCAUUCUUCAUGGAUAACCUGCAGAAAUACACUAUCCUGAAUAUAUUGAAUAUAUUGAAAUACUUUGAGUCCCUCAUGACACAUCUGCUGAAAAGUAUGUUCUCAUUGUGAGAGACAAACUUGCUUUACCAAUGCCAUUAUAUAAAAUCAUGAUUGAGACAAAUGUUGAAGUCAGUGAUAGAAAAGCACAAGGAAGAGCCCAUGAAAAUUAAUCAUGCUUGUUUCUUAGCCUGAAAUGUGUUUUGAACUGCAGUAUCAAGUAAUCUUUUAUAGCUUUUAUCAAUCUCUCACCAUUAAUUUCCUUACAAAUGGGGUUUUAGAGCAUGUUACAUUGCACCCCGUAUUUGUGUUGGUGCUGUAGAUAUUUCAGUGUCACUAGAAUUUUUAAAUGUUCACAGUUGGUACAGUAUUUAAUUUAGUCAUGAGCUUUUGCAUACAAAUAGAAUAUGUAUGUGGUAGUUGGGGGACCAUCACUGAGGUUUAUUUAACGUGCUUUAACUGAAAUUUAUGCAUUGGAUGUGCUGGUUGAAUACACUGCUUCAACAUUAGAGUCUUGACACUAUUGGGCAACAUGUGACCUUUCUGUAACCAUGCAUGCAAACUUCAAAUUACAAGAUUUGUAAAUAAUAUAUGUUGAAUUGGUUUACUUUUUCUAUUUAGUUGACUUGUGAAUAAUUGUGCUCUCCCCUCACUUCUGUUGAAAUAAAUGGAGUUAAUGAGAGCAUAUUGUUGUCAUAUUUACUAUCGUUCAAAGACUUGUUGUACUCAGCUCACUUUUGUGUUUAUGGUAGUCUGCAAUUGCAUUUGUUGCUUCAGGAGCUUGCCUGAUGUGUAAUUUGGCCUUAUUGUGAGGCCCCCUAUGUUCUAAAUAUAGAGAAUUUUGGAAGUUA